AUGGCCACUCCGUGGAGAUUUAGCAUUGGCGGGGCGGGCAAACGGGGUGCGACGGUUGCCGUGGCUGUCGUGCUGCUUGCUACCGCGCUCCAUCCCCUCAUCGUCAAGCUCCGUCGACGCAAGAACAGCCCGCGCUCUGGGACGCUCAAAGUUCUGUCGGACCCAUAUGGUGCCAAGUUCGAGAUCGUUGCCGUCCAUGGCCUCGGCGCCGAUCCGGAGCACACGUGGACUCACGCCGCCCCAACCGCCUCGGUCGGUGGAUGCCAAGAGGCCACAGCGACCGAGUAUGGGCCUGCACACAAUCCGAGGAUUCACCUACUUCGAGAUUUACUUGGUCCGGACUUCCCAGAGGCCAGAAUCCUGAGUUUUGAGCACAACUCCAACUGGUUGACGGAUGCGCCCGUCAAGACGUCCGACGAGAUCGGCAACAGCCUGCUACGAGAGAUAAAGGAUAAGCGAUCACAUCUCCCCAUCAUCUUUAUUGGACACAGUUUAGGUGGUAUUAUCAUCAAGCAGGCUUUAUGUGCGCAAGAUUCCGAAGAGGUCGUUAGUGAUACCUCUGGUAUCGUCUUCCUGGGCACUCCUCAUCUUGGUUCGUCUGUGUCGUUUGCCGGUGCCGUCUUGGCCUUCGUCACUGGAGUCCUGGGAUCCGACGCGACGCUGCUCCUGUCUCUGAAGAGUCAUGACGGCCAACUCAGCAACCUCGCGGCCAGGUUUCGGUCAUGCGUGGCCCCAAAUGAAAACCGAGGGCGGAGGGUUCAGAUCAUCUCCUUCUACGAGACGAAGUCCAUGUAUUUGCUGGGAUGGCUAUCGAUAGGCCGGGUGGUGCCGCGGUACUCAGCAGUAGUCGACGCGGACCCGAACGAAGAGCACGGUAUCGACACCGAUCAUUCCGGGCUUAAUAAAUGUGCGGGACGGGAUGAUACGCUGUACCAGAUUCUGAAGGACGCGAUAGGCCGCCUGAGGGCCCCAUCCCGACUCGAGCAAGCCGACAAACUUAUUCUCGACGAAUACUACACGGAAGACAGGCUCCAGAUUGACCGACUCUCGGGCGUCCGGUUGCCGAUGGAUCAGUGCUAUAUAAACCUAGCCAUCGUGGAGCAGGCUGACCAGGACGCGGGCCACUCAAAUGAAGAAGGCACAGCGCUCUCACAGCAUACUCUGCUCUCUCGACAGAAGAUUGAGGUGCCCGACAACACGAAGAUGGUCGAUUUAGCGACCAUCUUCAGCCAUCGCAAAGGACGCAACGGUGGCAUGAUCGAACCAAAGCGUAUCUUGAUCCGCGGGCGCGCGGGAGUUGGCAAGACAACCUUGUGCAAAAAGAUUGUCCACGAGUUUACCCGAGGCACAUGGAAUGAAUGGAGCAGGCUGUUCGACCGCGUGCUUUGGGUGCCGUUGCGGAGGCUGAAAGGAAAAGAUGGACCGUACAACCUCGGCAAGCUGUUUCACGACGAGUAUUUCUCGCAUCUCAAGGACAAAGACGGACAACGUCUCGCACACGCCCUGUUGGACGCCGUGUUGGACGCAACGCCCCGACAUGGAGGCAGAACGCUAUUUGUUUUAGAUGGCCUAGAUGAAGUAUCUGGGGAAUGGAACCGCGACGACGACAUGUCCCGCUUCCUCAAGCUCCUUUUAGGUCAGCAAAACGUCAUUAUUACCUCGCGGCCGAAUGCCAGCCUUCCAGCCGACAUCCCUAGUCUCGAUCUCGAAUUGGAAACGAUCGGAUUCUACCCAGACCAGGUGAAAGCCUACCUCGACGCCGACCCCAAAAUAAAGCAAAUGGCCGAUGCGGUCCAGUCCUUCCUUCAAAAACAUUGGCUCAUUCAAGGUCUUGUGCGCAUUCCAAUCCAACUGGAUGCGCUUUGCUACACCUGGGAAGACUUGGAUCCGAAAGCCGUGCCAGACACUAUGACUGGCAUAUACACAGCUAUCGUGCAGAAGUUGUGGAAGAAAGAUGCCGUGCGAUUGGGCAAGAUGUCUGAGGCGCAAGCCCAAACGGCCCGACCAGCCGAGAUCGAGCGCUGUGUUAACACCGAGAUUGCGCUUCUUGAAUGCCUUUCAUUUAACGGCCUGUACGACGACGUAAUAGGCUUCACGCCUGCGCAUCGAGACAAGAUAGUCGAGAGGUUCAAUUUGGAUUUGCCACUCGAUGAGACACUCGCGAGACUGUCGUUCCUGCGGACGACGGACCCAUCAUCAAGACUUGACGACCGAACGUACCACUUUCUACACCUGACCUUUCAGGAGUACUUUGCGGCGCGAUAUUUCGUACAACAGUGGAGGGAUGGCGAACAUCGCAAACCGCUCGACUUUAUCUUCAAGAGGCCAAAAGGCGACGAGGCAAAUUUACCAACAGACCCCGCCGAAUUUCUUCGAAGGUAUAAAUAUUCAGCACUCUACGACGUUUUUUGGCGUUUCGUGGCCGGCCUGCUCGAAGCCGAAGGAGAAAAGCAGAUUGUCGGCUUUUUCCACACAAUCGAAAAGGAGCCGUUUGAUCUUUUGGGUCCGACACAUCAGCGGCUGGUCAUGCAUUGCUUGAGCGAAGUGACAGAGUUGCCAAAUCGAUCGAGCCUAGACGCAAGGCUGUCGCAAUGGCUGCUCUUCGAAUGUGAUUUGACGGGAACCUCAUCCUUGGCGACGGAAUCGGAGCUUCCAGACCGAGCCCUGCAGGAUGCACUGACACGUAAUUCCGGCAGCGGAAGGGUGGAAAUUCUGACAGCCCUAGGUCGUUCUGGCAGACACUUAUCAGAGACAACGGUGGCGGCGCUGGCGACGCUGCUCAAAGACGAGGACCGGCACGUUCGCUCCGGCGCCGCCGAGGCCUUGGGAGGCCAGUCGAACCUACCAGAGGGGACGCUGGCGGCGCUGGCGGCGCUGCUCAAGGACGAGGACGGGCACGUUCGCUCCGCCGCCGCCGACGCCUUGGGACGCCGGUCGAACCUGCCAGAGGGGACGCUGGCGGCACUGGUGGCGCUGCUCAAGGACGAGGACCGGCACGUUCGCUCCCGCGCCGCCGAGGCCUUGGGACGCCAGUCGAACCUACCAGAGAAGACGCUGGCGGCACUGGCGGCGCUGCUCAAGGACGAGGGCCGGGACGUUCGCUCCCGCGCCGCCGUUGCCUUGGGACGCCAGUCGAACCUACCAGAGAGGACGCUGGCGGCACUGGCGGCGCUGCUCAAGGACGAGGGCCGGGACGUUCGCUCCCGCGCCGCCCUGGCCUUGGGAGGCCAGUCGAACCUACCAGAGGGGACGCUGGCGGCACUGGCGACGCUGCUCAAGGACGAGGACCGGUACGUUCGCUCCGGCGCCGCCGAGGCCUUGGGAGGCCAGUCGAACCUACCAGAGGGGACGCUGGCGGCACUGGUGGCGCUGCUCAAGGACGAGGACCGGCACGUUCGCUCCGGCGCCGCCGAGGCCUUGGGACGCCGGUCGAACCUACCAGAGAAGACGCUGGCGGCCCUGGCGGCGCUGCUCAAGAACGAGGACGGGGACGUUCGCGCCCGCGCCGCCGUGGCCUUGGGAGGCCAGUCGAACCUACCAGAGGGGACGCUGGCGGCACUGGCGACGCUGCUCAAGGACGAGGACCGGUACGUUCGCUCCCGCGCCGCCCUGACCUUGGGAGGCCAGUCGAACCUACCAGAGGGGACGCUGGCGGCACUGGCGGCGCUGCUCAAGGACGAGCACUGGCACGUUCGCGCCGCCGCCGCCGUGGCCUUGGGAGGCCAGUCGAUCCUACCAGAGGGGACGCUGGCGGCACUGGCGGCGCUGCUCAAGGACGAGGACCGGCACGUUCGCUCCGGCGCCGCCGUGGCCUUGGGACGCCGGUCGAACCUGCCAGAGGGGACGCUGGCGACACUGGUGGCGCUGCUCAAGGACGAGGACCGGCACGUUCGCUCCUGCGCCGCCAACGCCUUGGGAGGCCAGUCGAACCUACCAGAGGGGACGCUGGCGGCACUGGUGGCGCUGCUCAAGGACGAGGACGGGGACGUUCGCUCCCGCGCCGCCGAGGCCUUGGGAGGCCAGUCGAUCCUGCCAGAGGGGACGCUGGCGGCGCUGGCGGCGCUGCUCAAGGACGAGGACCGGCACGUUCGCUCCGGCGCCGCCCUGACCUUAGGAGGCCAGUCGAACCUGCCGGAGGGGACGCUGGCGGCACUGGUGGCGCUGCUCCAGGACGAGCACGACGACGUUUGCUCCCGCGCCGCCGUUGCCUUGGGACGCCAGUCGAACCUACCAGAGAGGACGCUGGCGGCACUGGCCGCGCUGCUCAAGGACGAGGACGGGGACGUUCGCUACAACGCCGCCGAGGCCUUAGGAGGCCAGUCGAACCUACCAGAGGGGACGCUGGCGGCACUGGUGGCGCUGCUCAAGGACGAGGACGGACACGUUCGCUCCCGCGCCGCCGAGGCCUUGGGACGCCAGUCGAACCUACCAGAGGGGACGCUGGCGGCACUGGCGGCGCUGCUCAAGGACGAGGACCGGUACGUUCGCUCCCGCGCCGCCCUGACCUUGGGAGGCCAGUCGAACCUACCUGAGGGGACGCUGGCGGCACUGGCGGCGCUGCUCAAGGACGAGGACCGGCACGUUCGCUCCCGUGUUGCGAGGACUUUAUCACGCCAGUCGAACCUUUUCGACGCAGUCCUCAAGGCUAUCGGCCUACUGCUGGAGUCUGAAAGACAGGUGCUCCACAACUCGCGGGUGUCAACACUAACGCUGUCCUAA